ACUGCGUUCCAGUAGAUUGCCCUGGACAUUUCCAUGGCUCUUUCAUUGUAACUUUGACCAAUUGGAUGAGCAGGCACAUUCCCUGGUAUUGACUAUCCUGUCCCUGAGCAGGUGCUCCCUUAUGUUUUUGUUUUCCUUGCUGUACCACAUUUCACAGAUUGGAAUAAAUACAACAGGUGAGCAGGGACACAUCAUAAACAAGCAUAAUAAAACUCAAUUCAGCCUGAAUAUAGUUUCAUGCAUAUAGUAAUUAACAUCUCAGCAUCUCCUGUCUUAAAAUAUGCUCCACCAGAACAAACAACUUUGAAAUUCAGUAGGUUUCACAGGCCCCAUUGUAUCCCUCCAUUCUGGUUCUUAUGCCCUCUGCUGGUAACAUGAGAAACAUGUUCACACUACUAUCAAAUCAUGCAAGCUAUAAUGUAUAAAUCUUCUGUCCUUAAGUAUCUUAAACUCAUGGAUGUUUAGCUAAAGCUAUAAGACUAAUUGUAAGAUUUAUUAUGAACAUGAAGUGGUGUAGUGGUUUAAGGUCCAGCUGAAAAGUUAUGUCUAUCCGCAAGGUUCAGGCUAUAAACAAUCACCAUUGUGCCCUUAAGCAAGGCUUUUAACACCAGGUUUCUCCAAGGGGAUUGUUUCUGUAAUGAGCUGACUGUAAGUCACUUUGGAUAAAUAAGUGCCUGCUAAGAGCAGGUUCUGCUAAUCUUUAAUGAAAUGAAUAUAUAAGUGACGCAUGGAUCAGUCAUGAUCUUGUUAAUUAUUUGUCAGGGUUUUACCAAGGUAAAACUUGCAAGGAUUUGGAAGGCAGCAGAAGGUCACGUGAAGGCCAGCACCCCUGCUCAUCCAAACAGCUAUUAGCAUGGCGUGACUGCAAGGAGGCUACUGGCAAUCUAUUCUGGGCGAGUUGUUUUGCACAGCGGCAAGGGAUGGGCUGUAACUGAAAGUGCUGAUGGGACUCCCAUGACCCCCUGGGGCCAGCUUGUUCUGAAAACCCCUGGCUACCCCACCAGAACAAUCCAGGAUUGGGAGGGGUAUUGUCAAAGUGCUUUGUCCCAAUGACAGGGGUGGGGAGUGGACAAAGGAUGGCCUCUACAGUAGGCAUGGUAUAAAUGGGUAAUCACCAGAGCGCAACACACAGUUUACUGUAGAUCAUGGCAGUAAGGAGCCCAUUUUUUCCACUGUUACUAAUGCUUCUGGGUCUGGCGCUGGACAGAGCCUCCACCCAUGCAUUCAACCCCAGUCGCCUUCAACAGCACAAAGUCCUCCACCUUGACUGGCCGAAGGACUGUGGCCUGGCUCAUUUCAAACCAAACACAGUGGAGCGUAUCGUGUCGGGCAAUGAAGCGAGACCCCACUCCUGGCCGUGGCAGGUCUCACUGCAGGUUCGUCCCAGAGGCAGUAAACAUUAUGUUCAUGUGUGUGGAGGGACUCUGAUCCAUAAGAACUGGAUUCUUACUGCUGCCCACUGCUUCCAGAAGGGAAAAGCAGAGGAUGCUAGUAGCUGGCGUAUUGUUUUGGGUAAGCAUCAACUGAAAAGAUCAGAGACCGCUGAGCGUAUUUUCCCAGUGAAGAGGAUCUACAGGCAUGAGCACUUCCGUUAUCCAGCCCACAGUGAGCUAGACUAUGACAUCGCAUUGGUUAAAGCUGGCACGGACAUCCUGACCAGUAACUUCAUCCGUUAUGCCUGCCUGCCGCGCAAGCAGAUCAACCUUAAACCGGGGCACUACUGUUGGGUGACCGGCUGGGGGGACACACGAGGCGGGAAAGAAAAUGUGUCACUUGCUGAGGCACUGAAUCAAGCUCGACUCCCAAUCAUCGACUACAAGACCUGCCGGCAGAAGAAGUUCUGGGGUGACCGCGUGCGAGACUCCAUGAUUUGCGCUGGGUUCCGAGAUACAGAGGGGACCCCAGCCGCAUGCCAGGGUGACUCUGGCGGCCCUCUGCUGUGUCAGGUGGGGCGUGACCGCUGGGAGGUCCAUGGGAUUGUGAGCUUUGGUCCUAUAGGAUGCACCGUGGAGAACAAGCCCAGCGUCUUCACUCGCACCGCAGCCUACAUCCCAUGGAUAGAGGCUACACGCAUCAGGGACUUCUUCUUGCACUGAAUUCCCACCUCUAAGAAUUCCUUGCCCACAUUUGUAGGCACAGGAAGAGUCGUGAUAGCAACUGAUUAAGUGCCAUGUCCCGGUCUGGGUCUGGCCCAUGGACCUGCUUAUCCAUUUGUGGUCCGUGCACUGAGAGCUGUUGUACAUCAUCACAAACACCAGCCACCAAGUUAGGGUAGUUUGCACUGGUUUGUGGGUUGUUUCACCGCUAUGCACGUGACAUUCUCCUGGGCUUCGCUGUAGUACAUGAACUGCAAGGUUUUGACUGCUUUCAGCUAAAUCACAUUGAUCUUCACAUUGUGUUCAUCAAGCCAAGCAACAUUUUCUGUAAAACAAGUCCUGGCUAUUCUACAUUACUCUCAUCAGUUCAGUUGGCCUUGUUUUUUUCUGUAAGGAAUGGCAUGUACAUUUGCCCUCUCUUGGACAAGCGGGUAUUCAAUCCGUAAGGUGCUUUGACGGUCAAAGUCAAGUAGUGAUAGAACAUUUCACCUAUUGGAGGAGACAGUCUCCCUUUGAUACAGUCUACUCCAGUGCUUUUCACUGAACAGGCUACGUAAAUUCCACACAGGAUGGAUAUUUACUUUACACUUUAAGCCGCUACAAGGAAUUUAUCCUGAUAAUUUACAUACAUUUCUUUAUAAUCAUUAUUUUGAGAGGGAGCUUUAAUUAUUAUAGCAUUGAAUCUAUGCAUAUAUCACUCAUUAUAAACAAGGAGAGUGAGUUAGUGGUACAAUACUGCUAGGACAGGAUGAUUUUUCAACCAGAAUUAUUAUUCUGGUUGAGAAAUAAUACUGAAAGAAAUGCUUUCACUCAUAAAAAUAUGAUGUGUGAAUACUGUAACAUAUAAGGUCAUAAUGAGGGACAUUCAUUCCGGAUUAUAAUUUCUCUGUAUUCUACACAUUGACAGUAUAAAUAAAGGCUGACCUGCUUACAAAUAAAUCAUUUGUAAAACAAGA